UUCAGUACCUCGGCGUGCGUUUGAGGGGACGGGUGGUUGGAGUGGAAGGAGUUGCCGGGCGAUAGUGCAUCACAAACGCUUUUUUCGGGAGGAUUCUUCAUGCAAAAUUGUACUUCAAAAUAAAAUAAAGGAAUCCCUGCGACGUCUUUCUACAAAAAUUUCACAUUUAUACGCCUGUUUUAACAUCCCCGCAAGUGACGGAAUCAAGGCGUUGGUGAUAGCUAACAUUUCCCUCACGUAGCAAGCUAGCAUUAUUAGUUUACUAGCUUUGAAGCACAUUGCAACUUGACCGCCGCGGUCCCCGUCUCAACGCAGGACAGCACCUUGCUUGUGCGGUUGCACGCCAGCUAACAAAGCUAUCGAUAGUUUGCUGGAGACUGUAUCUACCUAUCUGUUGAUCCCAUUAACACCCAAGUCCCCAACCCCCUUCACCCCUCUCCCUCCACCACCCGAAACACUGGAAAUCCACAAGCGGUUGGAGAGCGGCGACGGGCCAGCGGCUGCGAAGCUGGGGGUGGUACCGGAACCGCACGGAGUCGUAGCGGCUUCAGAAAAGACCAGUCGUGGGGACCUAACGUUACCGACUACUAUGGACGGGCUGGCGGUGGAGGUUCGCGGUUCGAACGGGGCCUUCUACAAGGUAAAGGAAAUAACUAGUGUAACUAAGUUAGUAAUGCGCUAGUUGACGUUAGACAAUUACACAUAUGAAUAUGUCGACAGUGUUUUGUUUUAACUACAGUAACUAGCUAGUUAGAAUAUCGUCGUUAGCUAGCUGGCAGAUUCGGGUCGCAUCAUUCAUUGAGUAGGCCCAACAUCAAAUGAUAAGGUCGCUAUUCAUAGAUUUCUUCUUCGUCAGGGUUGGCCAUUGUGGUGAACGCUUGUCGUGGCCUGUUUUUGCUAGCUAAAUUCCAAAUGUCUUGGCUAUGCUUUGUCUGUUUGGGCUGUUCAGUUAGCUAACGUUAGCCAGUUAGCUACCUAUUCUGGCAUCGCCAAACAUCUCGGGCACUCCUUUCUUUGGUUGGAGUUGCUAGCUAACCUCUCAAAUUUGCGAGAAUGAGGGUGGUAGAAUGAUGCCACAUCUGAAAUGCUGAUACCAAAUGAAAUAUCGAUCUGUUUGUUUGCUCUCCCGGUUUUUCCCGACCAAUAUCUUUUUUUUCUUUUAAUUAUCUUUCCAAGGAGUAGGCUGAGUCAGCCUGGGUUGUUAUUCCAGUGAAUCAAAUUACUUACUUUGAUAGCCAUGUGACUGACUGACACUCUCUGUUACCAAAAAAUAAUCACACCACAAUGGCCUACUAACUGUAAGUGACUAAACACGGGGAAGUCAAUGCAUUCAUUUUCAGUAUGAGGAUGUCAGUCCUUUUAUUUCAAAUGAAUUCAUUCAAUGUCUGUGCCAAAUGGUUGCUGUAGUGUAAGUGUGUGUACUUGGCAGACUGUUGAAUAGGCCCUAGUGAUUUGCUAUGGGUUGAAUGGCCCAGGGCUGACAGUGACUGAGGGACUGAAUCAGGUGUUGGUGGAACAGAUGAUCCUAAUCUCAACACUCCGCCAGUCAGUCAACGCUGUAGUCCUCCCCCUCUCCAUGCUCUCUUCCUAUCCCUCUUCUCCCCUCAUCUUUCCAUUCUGUCAUUCUCUACCUCUUUCGUUUAGCCCCCUAGCUCACUUGUUUCCUCACUCUUUCCUGUCUUUUCUCUAGUUCCUCUCCCCUAUCAUUGACUCAUGGUUUAUACUAUUUUUACUCUCUUCUCACCUGUUGUUCUGUUUACUGGCUGCCAGUUUAGCACUCCGUCCUGAAAGUACAUGUUCCAUUCACCCUUAUUUAUCUCCCCUCUCUCUCACUCUUGUUCAUAUAACACACCAUUGUCUGAUACCCCUCAAGUUCCCUAAAACCUUUGGUAUUUUCUAUAUAUUUAGAGUAGUUCUGUUUCGCCAUGUGUAUUCUAAAGGUGUGAUGAUGAUUUCCAGAGGAACCAGAUUGGUUGGGUAGUUUAGGUGAAGACAACAUGCCUCAUGCCUUGCACAUGCUUAACACACACAACUACAAUCCUCUUCAGCGCUGUUGUUUCUGCACGGUCAUAAUAACCCAUACACAGAUGCCAAAAGGAAAAUCCUGCUAUACCAGUAAUGACAGGGGUGUGUGUAGCGUAGACCUGGCACCCCCACACCAGAGCGGACCCAUCUUUGGGCAUGUGGGGAGUUCUAGUCCUCCUGGAGCAGCACAUGGCUGGAGAAGGAGUGACAUCACUGUAUGAAUGACCACUCUAACCUCUGUGCUCUCCUGGGUCAUGUGACCAUCACUGUCAUGCCAAAUGGUUUGCCUGACCCUUGACCUGGUAGUAGAAUGGAACACUCUUCAUUACGUCACACAGCACAUGUGGCUACUUCAGCAGGCCCUAUAAUGGAAUAUAGCUGUUAGGCCUAUCUCCUUUCUUCAACCAAGGCAGCUAUCAGGACAGUGUUUUUUCACCCUGUGGUAGCUACUAGCUAUCCAGUCUCUGUGCCCAUGCCUGCAGUUUGAGUGACAGCGACACAAACGGUGGCUGUUUGUGUUGUGACAGUGCAGUUCAAUCUGGCUUCCAUCUGGCUCUUUGGCCAUCUCUCUCUGGGGCCUGAGAAAGCGGCAGCAGAGCUGUGAGAAGUUACUGUGAGAUUGUGUGAUAUGAGGGAAUCUGAUGCUAAGGGAUUUCAUACGUAGCCUAAUGCUCGUGCAGACUGCCUCCUGAAAGCUAAGCAGGUUUUCCUGGGAAGUGCAGGCCCUUUCAUUUCCAGCAGGUGAAACUCCCUCACCUUUGACACUCCCUCUCAUGCCCUAGUGCCACUGCCAGCGACGUCGGCCCCAUAUAAGGCAGUGUAACACUGAGCACCGUGGCAACCCCCCCACGUCGCUCCACUCUACUCCCACCCUGAUGGAGAGUUUAUGGCACUGUGAUAGGUUUGUGGAGGGCUGACUGUGAUGGAUGAGGAACAGAUUUGGAGGAUGGGUCUCUCGUAAUGGCUGUUUAUCAAGGAUACAGUAUCGCCUGACUUUCUCCAGUGGGGACAGUCGUGUGCACUUUUGAUACACAUGUAGUCAGACCUGUUUUUACCCUCUGACAACACACACCAAGCUCUCAUUUUAAUUUAAUAAAUGUGUCUGUCCACCACAGCAGGACUGUCUGUACUGCUGUCAAGAUAAUUCAGAGUUAUUUGCCACUUCCCCAGAGCGCUCUCACAGCCAGAGAGAAAUUUCAGUGAUGUUAUAUCUCUCUGUCCCCAAGAUGGCUACACUGUCUUUUCAGUAACAGUCAUAGUUAAUUCCUGGUUUAUGAGUGUCCCCGUUAAGCCCUCUGCACUCCCAUCAGUCAGGGGUGUAGACUGUUGGCUAACAUAACAUUUGAGUUGUUCUCUUCUUUUUCAGGGGUUCAUCAAAGAUGUCCACGAAGACUCACUCACAAUAGUAUUUGAAAACAAGUAAGUUUUCAUUCUCUCUGACAUAAUGUGUAGAGUAGACCCUCUGCUUGUGUGGUUACUGACUCACAGAAGAUCCAUCCUAGUACACACUACCACCAGUCUAGCCACACUGCUCAAGUCAUCAGUCUCUUCCCCCAGUCCUUUGGCCUAGUUUUACCCCCUCCUCCUGAAAUCCCCCUGUUUCAGCACCACCUGUGGUCUGGACACAGCUGUCCACAAAACCCUUUAUAGUUGUCCCCCCCCUCUUUCUGGAACUCAUAUCCCCCUGUCCUGUUCCAUCCCAUCUCACUAGCCACCCUCCUUCUACCCCCGUUCCUCUUUCUCUAGUUGACUCUGUAAAUAUAGUCCCCUGCUAAAUAUAGUGCCCUGUGGUAUGCAGGCAGGGGGGCUGGACAGUGGCCCCUGCCAUUCUUGGGAUGGCUCUGCCGUUCCAACAACCUCCCUCCCUCCUGUCCUCUUGCCUUGUGGAAGUGUUGGAGUAGCUGGUUGUGUAAGAUACUACGUGAAUGAAAACCAUGCUUUCUAUGAGAAUGCCUGCUUCUGCUCCUUGACACUAUUUUAAGAAUGUCUAGUUCAUAUUUGAACCACUUUGACCUCAAAAUAGGGUUGACCUGUACACUAUAUCGGCUAGCUAGCCUAUAAUACAGCAAUGAUGAACCACCUCACAUUGUACAUAAAUAUCUUUCUGUGAAUUUGAAGCCAGUAGGUUGAACUCAGCCGCAGUCCAGUGGGCUGUUUUUAGACCGAGCUCUCGUUUUGAGUGUUUUAUGUAAAAGGACACGCUACUAACCUACCGGAUAUCCUAUUUUUAUUUAUUAUUUAUAUCCUAGUUGUAUAAUCUACUGAUGAUUAUCAUAUAUAUACAGUCUUCCCGUAGAUAAAUGAUCUACUGUAGAUUAUAGGUGUUGUCUUAGGAUCAUUACCAUAUAUAAUCCAGUAACUCUAUUAGGUUAAUGGCUUUCCCCUUCUUGUAAAUUUGCAUUACUCUCUUUCCCUGGCCCCCACUGACUGACUGUCACCAAGUGAUUUGUCUGUCAGCUAGAGAACACUGCUUCAGGCAGAAUAACUAUUAAGCCUUAGUUAUGUUAGGGGUUGACACGCUUUUUGGUCUGUCUCCUGUGUUUCUUUGUGGUACUUUCAUUAGGGUCUGUGUUCAGGAAGUUUCUGCUACACACACCCCCCAGAAGAGACUGGUGGAAGGAGCUAUAGGAGGAUGUGCUCAUUGUAAUGGCUGGAAUGGAAUCAAUGGAACAGAGUCAAACACAUUGUUUCCAUGCGUUUUAUGUUUCGUACCAUUCCAUUUAUUCCAGCCAUCACAAUGAGGCCAUCCUCCUAUAGCUCCUCCCACCAGCCUGCUCUGACACACCUAUACACACACACACUUUAUUCUGGACCUAACUGGUGUGGUGAUUGAUGUCUGUCAGUGUAAUAUAAAGUGUUGGACAGGAGGUGAGCUUUCAUAAAUCACAUGACAGGAAGAGGGGGUCAGCUGAUGUUUCUCCUGUUGUGACUGAAAGGUGUUUGUUUGUUUCCCCUGUCCCCAUCUCUAUCUCGUUCUCUCCUCCUUGCCGUUAUCUCUCUCCCUCUCUCCCUGUCCCCCCAAAAAGCUGGCAACCAGAGAGACAGCUGCCCUUCAGUGACGUUCGGCUGCCGCCCCCAGCCGACUACCACAAGGACAUUGGCGAGGGAGAGGAGGUGGAGGUACGUCUGCCUGCUCGUGUUAUUAUGUCCCCAUAUUCUCCAGACACCGCUAUCUCCCGCUAGGGUUGUAAAACAGAUUCCAGAAACGUUCCAGGAAUCUUCCAACUGGGAAUUCUGGGGAAACCUGGGAAUUUUGUGAACGUUUCUGGAAUUUUGCAACCAAUUCCCUUCAUUAUUGUCUGAGGGCCAGGUGUUUUUCCUCACCAUGUGACCUGACCAGAAAGACAGGGAAAACUCCUACCUGUGUUGGUUUCUACCUCCUGUUUAGUCUACUACCACACAGUCCGUGCUAUUCAAGAUCUUUGGGAUGUCCCUGCCCCAUUGAAGUUGACAUUUUUAAAAGGGUUAAGUUUAGGUAAGGGUAGGGGACGUCUCAUGGAUCCCGGAUAGCAAUGACCAUGCCCACAUAAAGCAUACCAUACCACACAUGAAUCACUAUCAGUGGUUUAGUUUGCUUCCUCCGUCGUGAUUCCAUUCAUAGCUGGAGAUUACUACCCGUGAGCCCGGGUCCUAGCCAGUCCAGAGAUUACCCAGAGUCCUGUUCACUACGGCAGAGCGAUGUAGAGACGGAUUAACCACAGUCCAAUUUAGACAUGAUUAGCCAACUAGGAUUCCAUUCUUCAUCACAGCAGCACUCUCAUCAUCAUCACCAUAGAGACAAACUCCAUCUCACUGUAAAUAUCAUAUAUAUCAUACAUCCACAAUUAUCACUUUACACAAUCUUUUGCCUGACCUGAAAGUAAAGUGGAUGGUUAAUGUUAAAUGGUAGAUUUCAGAAAGUUCUCCCUCCCUCUUUUUGUAAUUGUCCAGGUAUCAUUGGUCUGGUGUCAUCCUUGCUGUCUGCAUCCCUAAGCAGGUAUUAGGGUUGCAAAAUUACGGUAACUUUCCAGGUUUUUUAGAAAUCUCAUUGGGAAGAUUCCUGGAAUCAGGAUGAAAUAAACAGGAAAUCCAUAAUUUCUGGGAAACCUGGGAGUUACUGGAAUUUUGCAACCCUAGCAGGUAUAAACAUCUGUCUAGGUAUAAUCAUCUCUCCUGUCGUCUACCCCUCCAACAGGUGUACUCGAGGGCCAACGAUCAGGAGCCAUGUGGCUGGUGGCUGGCCCGGGUGAGAAUGAUGAAGGGAGAGGUGAGUCAGGGACUGGUGAGUUAGGGGUCGGGUGCACGCUGGGGUCGGCAUGGGGUCGGUAGGGGGGGGCACUGUGUGAGUGUGAUUUUAUAUUUUUCCUGUGUGUGUGCUUGUGUGCAACAUGGUCGGGUCUUACGCUCUUAUGUGAACAGAGGUGAUGAACAUCCCUGUAUCUCAACCAAGACUUUGGUGUAUUGUUGCGAAAUAGUCCUCUUUUAAUGUUCCUGAUCAAUCGAAGUGGUCAUUUGUGCAAUGUCAUGUGCAUGUUGUGUGAUGCAACAGCGUUUUACACACCCGCCCCGUCCACUAUGGGAUACCCCUCAGUCAUCCCUUUGGAUAGACCCACAGACAGCAGUCUAAUGUAGGCUAAUUGGGUUAACUAACGCAGCAGGAAGCAUGUGGUGUUUAAAGCAGGCAUGCACAUACUGUAGGGUCACAUAGACGACACACAGUCUACAUUCCAUAUUGACCCCUAGCACUUCUGUAGAUCCCACCUAGUCUAUGAGAAGGAAAGCUGAAGCAACUACCAUUGUUUAAACCUUUCCAAUCCUCCCAGAUCUUCUGGAGUGGCUAUUGAGUAGGAGCCUAAGGUUGAUUUUGGAAUUCAGCGACUAACAUAAAACACUAUUACCUGUCUGACACACUGGGUGCGUCCCUAUGCUUACUAUAUAGUCACAGUUCACUAUGUUUUAACCAGAGCCCUGGCCAAAAGUAGUGCACUAUUAGGACGCAACCACUUUGUCCUCCAGACAGGCAGACUGACCCUGGGUCAGUAGAAUGAGACUGAGGAGGUGUUAAGGCUUCCUCAUGCUUCGGUUUGGCUGGCGCCGUACUUAAAUCGGCUAGGCCAACCGAACAAGUCUGCACGCAUACUUAAAAAAAAAAAAAGACCUUUGCUUGAAAACCGAGAGCGGCAAUAGAACUGUUUGUUCGUCUUGAGACACCGUAGCCAGUAUACACUUCCUCAAAAUAGUCCGAAUUAAUCUAAGAUGACUCAAGAAAUCUGUCAAAUGUUUACGAUUUUGCGGAGGAGAUCUAAGUCGCGCAAUUUCCCGUCUAACUAAGAUGUUUGUUGCAGUAUUUCUCAAUGAAACACUGCAUGAAAACGAGUGGUCUAUCGUUGAAUGACAAAAAACACUUAAUUGAAGAAUCCCUACUGUUGACUUCGGCUCCAAACUUCGGCUUGGCUCAAAAAAAUGUGUGUGCACGAACAGCCGAAAAAGAUACCUUGCCGAAGACCAAAACGAACAGAAAUGUCACAAUGUCGUCAUAAUAUAUGCAAAAACUGUUCCGAACUGUUUCGGAUGGGAAGUCUUUAGUGAGGCUUGAUGCUGGUUUUUACCACUGCAUUUUGAUCAGCGAUAAAGGCUUGUUGGGAUGUCAGCUUUGUUGAGUGAUGGUUUUUAUACUGGCCUUAGAGCAUGGUAUGUGGAGUUCCAUCUCUCUCUCUCGCUCUUUCUUGCUCUGAAGGGUCUAGGAAAAUGACUAUUGGUUCAUUUAUCACAUGAAUAAGACCUUAGCUGAAUUACAUUUUAAAGAUAAGUGCCAUUUCUGAUUAACCUGGCCCCAAAACCCUAUGAAUAUUCAAUGUCAUGGAGAAGUAAGUUGUCUUGUGUGUGGAAUGAGUAAUUGCAGUCUUUUGGUCUGUUUUAGAUUUUUUUUGCCGUGUUUGCUCCCUAGGUAGUUGGGUAGUAGUACCUCGUCUAGCCUAACACAAUAUAGGCCCCCUUUCUUAUUAUUCGGCACAUUAACGUUUAGUUCUCUUGCCAUUUCUCAAUCUCUGAACCCUUGUUAUUUGAAAUGACGUUGUUUGUUUAUUAAUAAAGGUAUAUGGUGGAGCUUAUGUGUAUGCAUGCUCUGUAUAAAAUAAAUAUACAUUGUAUGAUCCUUGUUAUUUUCCCUAUAUUUAUAUUAAUCUGGGUCUGUUUCUAUUUAUUAAAUACUCUUUAGUACAUACUGUUAGGCUUUCUUUCUCUUGCAAUUUCGCUAUCUCUGAGAACCCUCUCUCUAUUUGAACCCUUUAGUUCUACGUCAUCGAGUACGCAGCCUGCGACGCCACAUACAACGAGAUAGUCACGCACGAACGCAUCCGGCCCGUAAACCCCAACAGCCCUUCCUCCCGAAACUCCUUCCACAAGGUCCCCAUCGCCAUCCCAGAAGACCUACGAAACAUGUGAGUUUGACCUCUGACCCCGGCAGUGCACUACACCAGCCUCACCACUGGGGCGGCGCUGUAGCACUGCACUCAGAUUGAACGACGAGAGGCAACAUGUUACUCCACUGUGAAGGGGUUCUUGUUAGACAGUUAUACACAUCGAAAUGUUUUCAUUGGAGCUUUGUCUUUUUGGGCAGGCCAACAGUCUCACAGUAGCUACAUGGUGCACUGUUGUUGUGAAUAACUGUGGUUUGACCCGAGUUCUUUUUUUAACCAACAGCUGUGCGAACGACAACAUCCACAAAGACUUCAGGAAAGCCAUCGGAGCCAACUGCAUUUUCUACAGUGCAGCCUCACACGAGCUCAUCGUGCUGGUCAGCAUCACAACCACUACUACUUUCAGGGCCUGUAUUCACUAAGCUUCUCAGAGUAGGAAUGCUGAUCUAGGAUCAGUUUGCCUUUUAGAUCAGUAUUAGAAAGAUUACAUGGACAGGGGGGACCUGAUCCUAGAUCAGCACUCCUACUCUGAGACAUAUUUUGAAUGUGCUACAAGGCUAGUCUUUCUAGUAUUGUCCCUUUCUUUCUGUAAACAGCUUUUUCAGACUAACACUUUCUCUUUCUCUAGUCAACGAACGAGACAACUGUAAAGCGUGCUGCUCUCCUGAGCGACAUGCACUUCCGCAGCAUCCGUACCAAGCUCAUGCUCAUGUCCCGCAACGAAGAAGCCACUAAACACCUUGAGGUAUACACACAAACACUUCUCCCCUCAUGUUCAUUCAAUUAGAUUCAAACACGCAUGAGAAUGUAACUUGGAGACUGGCCAUCAACAUGCACACUACCGGUCAAAAGAUGUAGAACACCUACUUAUUCAAGGGUUUUUCUCUAUUUCUACUAUUUUCUACAUUUGUAGAAUAAUAGUGAAGACAUCAAAACUAUUAAAUAACACAUGAAAUCAUGUAGUAACCAAAAAAGUGUUAAACAAAUGAAAAUAUAUUUCAUAUUUGAGAUUCUUCAAAUAGCCACCCUUUGCCUUGAUGACAGCUUUAAACACUCUUGGCAUUCUCUCAACCAGCUUCACUUGGAAUGGAGUUCCCACAUAUGCUGAGCACUUGUUGGGUGCUUUUCCUUCACUCUCCGGUCCGACUCAUCCCAAACAUCUCAAUUUGGUUGAGGUCGGGGGAUUGUGGAGGCCAGGUCAUCUGAUGCAGCACUCCGUCACUCUCCUUCUUGGUAAAAUAGCCCUUACACAGCCUGGAGGUGUGUUGGGUCAUUGUCCUGUUGAAAAACAAAUGAUAGUCCCACUAAGCCCAAACCAGAUGGGAUGGCGUAUUACUGCAGAAUGCUGUGGUAGCCAUGCUGGUUAAGUGUGCCUUGAAUUCUAAAUAAAUCACAGACAGUGUCACCAGCAAAGCUCCCCCACACCAUCACACCACCUCCUCCAUGCUUUACGGUGUGAAAUACACAUGCGGAGAUCAUCCGUUCACCCAUACCGCGUCUCACAAAGACACGGCUGUUAGAACCAAAAAUCGCAAAUUUGGACUCCUGACCAAAGGACACAUUUCCAGCGGUCGAAUGUCCAUUGCUCGUGUUUCUUGGCCAAGCAAGUCUUUUCUUCUUAUUGGUGUCCUUUAGUAGUGGUUUCUUUGCAGCAGUUCGACUAUGAAGGGCUGAUUCACGCAGUCUCCUCUGAACAGUUGAUGUUGAUGUCUGUUACUUGAACUCUGUUAAGCAUUUAUUUGGGCUGCAUUUUCUGAGGCUGGUAACUCUAAUGAACUUAUCCUCUGCAGCAGAGGUAACUCUGGGUCUUCCAUUCCUGUGGUGGUCCUCGUGAGAGCCAGUUUCAUCAUAGCACUUGGUUUUUGCGACUGCACUUGAAGAAACUUUCAAAGUUCUUGAAAUUGUCUGUAUUGACUGACCUUCAUGUCUUAAAGUAAUGAUGGACUGUCGUUUCUCUUUGCUUAUUUGAGCUGUUCUUGCCAUAAUAUGGACUUGGUAUUUUACCAAAUCUUCUGUAUACCCCCCCCUACCUUGUCGCAACUGAUUGGGUCAAACGCAUUAAGAAGGAAAGAAAUUCCACAAAUUAACUUUUAAGAAGGCACACCUGUUAAUUCAAAUGCAUUCCAGGUGAUUACCUCAUGAUGCUGGUUGAGAGAUUGCCAAGAGUGUGCAAAGCUGUCAUCAAGGCAAAGGGUGUCUAUUUGAAGAAUCUCAAAUAUAAAAUAUAUUUUGAUUUCUUUAACACUUUCUUGGGUACUACAUGAUUCCAUAUGUGUUAUUUCAUAGUUUUGAUUUAGUUACAAUGUAGAAAAUAGUAAAAAUAAAGAAAAACCCUUGAAUGAGUAGGUGUUCUAAAACUUUUGACCGGUAGUGUAGACACACACACUGACACCCUAUUGUCCUUGUCCCCCAGACCAGUAAGCAGCUGGCGUCCGCGUACCAGGAGGAGGUGAAGGUAAGGGAAGACCUGAUGGGUCUGGCCAUUGGCUCCCACGGUGCCAACAUCCAGCAGGCUAGGAAGGUUCCCGGCGUCACCGCCAUCGAACUGGAGGAGGAGAGCUGCACCUUCAGGAUCUACGGAGAGGUGGGUGGGUAUGUUUGGGUGAGAGCGGGGUCUUGAUGUGUGUGUGUGGCAGGCUGUCAGUCGCUCUCUCUCUGUGUUUAAUAGCAGGUUGCAUUGAUGUUGUGUUUGCGUUGCAGACCCCAGAAGCAGUGAAGCUGGCCAGGGUUUUCCUGGAGUUCAAAGAAGACUACUUCCAGGUGCCCAGGAACCUCGUAGGUGAGUCGACACCCACACCCAUGAUUUAGUCAAUCAGAAAAGGUCCUGCAUAUACAUGUAUUGAAAAACAAUGAUUACUAUCUGAAUUGUGCCAUCUUUUAUAAUUUGAUAUAAACUUGACUCUUCCAACUAAUCCUUGGUUUCCAAAUGUCCCCUCUUCUACCUCGCUCUUCUCUUCCAGGCAAAGUGAUCGGCAAGAACGGCAAAGUCAUCCAGGAGAUUGUGGACAAGUCGGGGGUGGUGCGGGUCCGGAUCGAGGGGGACAAUGACAAAAAGCUUCCCCGUGAGGAGGUAGGCAGGCAGGGGGCUGGCAGAGAAGACACUGCCCCUAAACAAGAGGUGAAUGGAGCGCUGGGGCUGCCCAAACAACUGUAACCUUACCAGGGUGCUAGCUUCUGUUUCCACCGUCACCACCAACGCUGUCCUUUUGACUGUUAGACUCUGUUGUAAGGUUGCACAAUACCGGUAACAUUCCUAAAAUGCAGAGGUUUUCCAGAAAUCCCUGUAGGAAGAUUCACGGAAUCACAAGAGAAUAAGCAGGAAAUGCAGGAAUGCUUCAACCGGGAUUUAUGGAAUUUUGGAGGAGUAACCAGAAUUUUGCAAUCCAUAGGCUCUGUCUGUCGAUGCUGUCACAGUUGUCCCAUUUCAGUUUCCACAGCAUGUCUGUACUGUACGUUACCCGUUCUAGGGGGGGGUUGGCUGUGGUCGCUCCAUCGGUUGGUGUAUGUCACUGUUCAGUGUGCUUCCCCUGUGAUUGUGAGCGUACACGCAAGUCCACUUUCUUUUCAGAAAAUGUCAGUUCAAAGAGAACCCUCUUUCAUUCUAUGUAUUUCUACAUCAACGUAAAGACACCAUUUCUUUGGCCUUUACGAAAAUGCACAAAUGCGUCCAAAUGUCCAUGACUAAACAUCAGGACUCGCCCACCUCCAAAUGUAUAAUGAAGCGUAACAGUCUACCAGUCCACUCUCUCACACCCUCUCCUCCUUCUCUCCAGGGCAUGGUCCCCUUCGUCUUUGUGGGAACUAAAGAGAACAUCAGCAACGCCCAGGCCCUACUGGAGUACCAUGUGGCCUACCUACAGGUGAGACGCGCACACACUGAGAGGGGAGCGAUCACCGCCAGACCAAUAGGGGGCAGCACUCAGGCCUGACCUCUGCUCAUGUCAAUUAAACAUCGGACCCGUCUCUGUUACGACACUUUCUGCUAUAUAUUGACCCUAUAUGCCUUUGAAUAUAUAAAGAGUAAGCCUAAGGCACUGAAUGACUGUGGGCAAAUGGCCUGAAAUAUACACGCAUGGUAGGAGUUCCCCUUACCCACAGAUCUAGGAUCAGAUUACCCAACCCCCCAAUGCUAACCUUAACCAUUAAAGGAAUGAAAAAAUAUCUGACCCUGAAUCAGGGGCAAGUUCUAGUCUACCUACUUUUGUGUGGACACUCAUGGAAGACUGUGUCUUACACUGGUUGGUAUUCUUCUGUGUACUCUACACACCAUCACCUCUGUAUGGGGAGAGGGGAGUAGAGGCAGUCUGGAGUGGGUGGAGGUGUCAGAUCAUUCCAGAUUGGUUACCUGUCCCCCCUCCACCCACCCUCCUCCACCUACCUCAUGUGAAAGCUGCUGAGAGCGACUCCAUUUUGCCCUUACCCUGUGCUUUUAAAAAUAGUCCCCUACUCAGGGUUGGGACAAGGGGGAGAGGAGGGGGUAGGAGUGUAGAUUACAGGAUAUCUGGACCCUAGCCUCCAAAAAUAACACCCCCUCUACUCAUCCUUGCACCCGCUCACCCAUAGUCAGCCACCUCCCACAAGGCUCAGCGGCGGCAGCUGUCGCAUUCUGAAGUGACACCCUCCAACCCCCCACCCCCACCCUCAACCACCUAACCAAAAGGCCCCAGUAAACUGCUGUCAGUGCACUUUAGCCCCAUCCCUAAGACUCCUAAACUGACCACCCCCUUGUCCACACUGCAGAAGCCGUCUAAGGUUGCAUCCCAAAUGGCGCCCUAUUGCGCCCUAUUCCCUUUUGUAGUGCACUACUUUUGAGCAGGGCGCAUAAGUAUGGGUGGGUCCCUGUAUGUAGGCAAAAUAAAUGAAUUAUCAAAUCAUAUACAGUGAGGGGAAAAAAGUAUUUGAUCCCCUGCUGAUGUUGUACGUUUGCCCACUGACAAAGAAAUGAUCAGUCUAUAAUUUUAAUGGUAGGUUCAUUUGAACAGUGAGAGACAGAAUAACAACAACAAAAUCCAGAAAAAAGCAUGUCAAAAAUGUUAUAAAUUGAUUUGCAUUUUAAUGAGGGAAAUAAGUAUUUGACCCCCUCUCAAUCAGAAAGAUUUCUGGCUCCCAGGUGUCUUUUAUACAGGUAACGAGCUGAGAUUAGGAGCACACUCUUAAAGGGAGUGCUCCUAAUCUCAGUUUGUUACCUGUAUAAAAGACACCUGUCCACAGAAGCAAUCAAUCAAUCAGAUUCCAAACUCUCCACCAUGGCCAACCAAAGAGCUCUCCAAGGAUGUCAGGGACAAGAUUGUAGACCUACACAAUGCUGGAAUGGGCUACAAGACCAUCGCCAAGCAGCUUGGUGAGAAGGUGACAACAGUUGGUGCGAUUAUUCGCUAAUGGAAGAAACACAAAAUAACUGUCAAUCUCCCUCGGCCUGGGGCUCCAUGCAAGAUCUCACCUCGUGGAGUUGCAAUGAUCAUGAGAAUGGUGAGGAAUCAGCCCAGAACUACACGGGAGGAUCUUGUCAAUGAUCUCAAGGCAGCUGGGACCAUAGUCACCAAGAAAACAAUUGGUAACACACUACGCCGUGAAGGACUGAAAUCCUGCAGCGCCCGCAAGUCCCCCUGCUCAAGAAAGCACAUAUACAUGCCCGUCUGAAGUUUGCCAAUGAACAUCAGAAUGAUUCAGAGGAGAACUGGGUGAAAGUGUUGUGGUCAGAUGAGACCAAAAUGGAGCUCUUUGGCAUCAACUCAACUCGCCGUGUUUGGAGGAGGAGGAAUGCUGCCUAUGACCCCAAGAACACCAUCCCCACCGUCAAACAUGGAGUGCUGUGGAAAUUCACCACUAUACUUUAUUAACAAUCAAAGAUCUUACAGAGUUUUUGUUGAAUCAAGAUUUACUUUAUUGAAUUUCAAUAAAAGGAAGCUGGUCUGCAGAGUAGCCUCUCCCUCCCUCUCUCCAUCUUAUAUAGUACCCUCCAGACACCCUAGCUUUAAAAUCCCUCCCUCUUCAGUUUCCUGCUCUUUUAUUGCUCCGCCCACUCCCUUUGUUUAUGGUGGCGGCUAAAUUUGACUUUCAUUCAGUUCAGAAUCAAUAGUAAUACACUCAAUCAAUCCCUUAUCUUGCAAAAACACUCAUGUUUAGUUUAAACUGUUCAACCCGGGCACCACUCUUUAUCACUUUGUUUGAGGAGAGAGACAAAAGGCCACAGGAUUAAGUUCUUGCCUAGCCACAGAAAAUGUUAACUAUAUGUUCAUGAUUAACUCAGUUUUAUCUCAUAGUCCACUACAAAAUCUCCAACAGGAGGUGGAAACAUUAUGCUUUGGGGAUGUUUUGCUGCUAAGGGGACAGGACAACUUCACCGCAUCAAAGGGACGAUGGGCGGGGCCAUGUACCGUCAAAUCUUGGGUGAGAACCUCCUUCCCUCAGCCAGGGCAUUGAAAAUGGGUCGUGGAUGGGUAUUCCAGCAUGACAAUGACCCAAAACACACGGCCAAGGCAACAAAGGAGUGGCUCAAGAAGAAGCACAUUAAGGUCCUGGAGUGGCCUAGCCAGUCUCCAGACCUUAAUCCCAUAGAAAAUCUGUGGAGGGAGCUGAAGGUUCGAGUUGCCAAACGUCAGCCUCGAAACCUUAAUGACUUGGAGAAGAUGUGCAAAGAGGAGUGGGACAAAAUCCCUCCUGAGAUGUGUGCAAACCUGGUGGCCAACUACAAGAAACGUCUGACCUCUGUGAUUGCCAACAAAGGUUUUGCCACAAAGUACUAAGUCAUGUUUUGCAGAGGGGUCAAAUACUUAUUUCCCUCAUUAAAAUGCAAAUCAAUUUAUAACAUUUUUGACAUGCUUUUUUCUGGAUUUUGUUGUUGUUAUUCUGUCUCUCACUGUUCAAAUGAACCUACCAUUAAAAUUAUAGACUGAUCAUUUCUUUGUCAGUGGGCAAACGUACAAAAUCAGCAGGGGAUCAAAUACUUUUUUCCCUCACUGUAGAUGUUUGCCAGUCCACAUAGUCUACACCCAUACGGAUUUAGUGGGAUUAAAAUGCAUUUCAUUGUAAUUUUGUCAACGAUCUACACAAUACUGUGUAAUGUCAAAGUGGAAUACAAUUUUUCUACAAAAAAAAGAUUCAUGAGAAAUAAAACGCUAAUAUACCUUUUAUUAGAUAAAUAUUCACCCCUGAGUCAAGACAUGUUAGAAACACUGUUUGCAGCGAUUAGAUGUGAGUUUUCUUGCGUAAGUCUCAUCAGCGCUUUGCACACCUAUAUUGUGCAAUAUUUGCCCAUUUUAAUUUUUUUUAAAUUCUUCACGCUCUGUCAAGUUGUUGGGGAACAGCAAUUUUCAAGUCUUGCCAUUGGCCACUCAGGAACAUUCACUGUCUUGGUAAGCAAUUGCAGUGUAGAUUUGGCUUUGUAGGUUAUUGUCCUGCUGAAAGGUGAAUUCCUCUCCCAGUGUAUGGUAUAAAGCAGACUGCAGCAGGUUUUCCUCUAGGAUUUUGCCUGUUCUUAGCUCAUCCCGUUUAUUUUCAUCCUGAAAAACUCCCCCGUCUUUGCCAAUGUCAGGCAUACCCAUACCAUGAUGCAGCCACCAGCAUGCUUGAAAAUAAGGAGCCAGCUACUCAGUGAUGUGUUAUGUUGGAUUUGCCCCAAACAUAAGGCUUUGCAAAAAGUGUAGGCCUUUGCCGUGUUGUUUUUGCAGUAUUACUAUAGUGCCUUGUUGCAUACAUAUGCAUGUAUCCCAUGUGGCUUAGUUGGAAGAGCAUUGUGUUUGCAACGGCCUGGGUUGUGGGUUCGAUUCCCACGGGGACCAGUAUGUAAAAUUACAAAAAUGUAUGCACUCACUACUGUAAAUCGCUCUGAAACAUGACGCAUUCUCUAUUGCACUUCACACUGCCCUUUCACACCUUGACUACAGCUCGGCGUUCAACACCAUAGUGCCCUCCAAGCUUAUCACUAAGCUAAUGAUCCUGGGACUGAACACCUCCCUCUGCAUCUUGAUCCUGGACUUCCUGACGGGCCACCCCAGGUGGUGAGGGUAGCCGCCACGCUAACCCUCAACACGGGGGCCUCCUCGGGUGCAUGCUUAGUCCCCUCCUGUACUCCCACGACUGUGGCCACGCAUGACUCCAACACCAAGUUUGCAGACAACAUGACGGUGGUAGGCCUGAUCACCGACGACUGAGACAGCCUGUAGGGACAAGGUCCAAGACCUGGCAGUGUGGUGCCAGGACAACCUUUCCCUCAACGUGAGCAAGACAAAGGAGCUGAUCGUGGACUACAGGAAACGGAGGGCCAAGAACGCCCCCAUUCACAUCGAGGCUGUAGUGGAGUGGGUCGAGAGCUUAACGUUCCUUGGCGUCCACAUCACUAAGGAUCUAUCAUGGUCCAAACACACCAACACAGUCGUGAAGAGGGCACAACAAUGCCUGUUUCCACUCAGGAGGCUGAGGAUCUGAGGUCCCAUGCCAAAUAUUUUCAAAGUUCUACAGCUGCACCAUCGAGAGCAUCCUGACUGGUUGCAUCACCGCUUGGUAUGGCAACUGCUCUGCAUCCGACUGCAAGGCACUACAGAGAGUAGUAUGUACGGCCCAGUACAUCACUUGUGCCGAGCUUCCUGCCAUUCAGGACCUCUAUACCAGGCGGUGUCAGAGGAAGGCCCUAAAACUUGUCAGACUCCACCCUAGUCAUAGACUGUUCUCUCUGCUGCCGCACAGGCAAGCGGUACCGGAGCGCCAAGUCUGGGACCAAAAGACUCCUUUACAGCCUCUACCCCCAAAGCUUAAGACUGCUGAACAGUUAAUCAAAUGGCUACCCGGACUCUUUGCAUUGACCACCUUAUUUUCUUAUUUAUUCUUAUUUUUUGCACUGACUCUCUUGCUCUGGCUCGACGUACAUUCACUGGACUCUAACCACACACACACACGCGUAUUGACGCCACACACAUACUGUACAUUCACAUUCCUUCACAUUCUUCACAUACACUGCUGCUCUUUUAUCUAUGCAUAGUCACUUUACCUACAUUUACCUCGACUAACCCGUGCCCUGCACAUUGUCUUUGUACCGGUACCCCCUGUAUAUAGCCUCGUUAUUUUGUUACUAUUUUUCCUUUUAGUUUAUUUAGCAAAUUUCGUACAUAUGGCAUUGUUGGUUAAGGGCUCGUAAGUACGCAUUUCACGGUAAGGUUGUUCUAUUCGGCGCAUGUGACAAAUAACAUUUGGUUUGAUGUUUUGGAAUAUUCUGUAUAUUUUUAUUAUUUUCACGCUCAUUAUUGUGGAUUCACUACAAUGUUAAUCCAUCCUCCGUUUUGUCCAAUCACAGCCAUUGAACGCUGUAGCUGCUUUAAAAUCACCAAUGGCCUCAUGGUGACAUCCCUAAGCAGUUUCCUUCCUGUCCUGCAGCUCAGUUCAGCUGGAUGACUGCAUCUUUAAUGUGUCUGGGUGGUUUAAUAAAUCAUAAUUAUUAACUUGACCAUGCUUAAAGAUCUAUUCAAUGUCAGAUUUUUUUUGUUACCCAUCUACCAAUCACUGCCCUUCUUUAUGAGGCUUUCAAAAAGCUCCCUGGUCUUUGUAGUUGAAUUUGUGCUUGAAAUUCAAUACUUGACUGCGGGACAUUAUGUUUGUAUGGGGGACAUAAAAAGUCAUGUCAACCCCUAUUUCGCACAGUGAGUCUAUAUAACAGCCAAAUUUGACUUCUGAACUAAUUCUGGCUUGCCUAAACAAAGGGGUGAAUACUUAUGCUAUGACUAUUUUAGUUAUUACAAUAAUUAUUUUUGUAUUUUGUGUAGAUCAAUAACCACGUUUCCAACCAUUUCAUGCAGAUGAAUUACCUGACGCGUGAAAAAAGUCACGACCAGGCUGAUGGUAACAUGAAAUGCUAGUACAAUUUUAUAAAUUCCGACAGACAAUUUCUUUGUUCGACAUGGGCUCUUUUUGUGUCUGUAAAAUUAAUUAUGCGAGAAAUGGCGGAAAUGCCUUUACGCGCAAAUAUUGAUAGAAUAACCAUCAUAUCGAAGUAAACUUGGAGUCACGCCAUAUGUUGUGUGGUCCUCCCACUACGUCUCGGGAAACCACAGUUUAUUGGGCUACAUAUGAAGGAAGUUACGUGAACUUCACAGUGUGGUGACUGUGCUAGGUGAUGAGGUUGAUACUCCAUUCCAAUAAAUAUUGAGGGUCUGUUUGACAAAUGCAAAUAAUAUCGCUCUUCUCCAUAAUAAUCUCAAUGUAGGUCAACUACCCGCACUGUAUCUGCAAGCUGUUAGCUAGAGCGCUUGUGCCAAGACCAGAGUGAACACAUUGGCAAUACAACGCAACUGUCAGUUAAAUGCGAUGGAAACCCAUUUAACUUGUACUUAUCAUUCGGGACAUGGGAAUUUAAUGGCAGAAGUUAUUUUUGUGUGCACUACGUCAUCAUGCACAGCCUUUUAUCCGCAAAAACUCAGUUUGAUGGAAACAUCUCUGGUGGGAAAAUGCACAUUGUUUUAGGCAGAUUUGAGAAUAUCCGCAUGAAAAUCUGUCGUAAAUUGAAUAGAUUAAAUGUAUUUCAAUCCCAGUUUAUAACGCAACAAAAUAUGAACAGUUUAAGGGGGUGUAGACUUUCUAUAGGCACUGUAUGUCCUAACAUGUACCUCUGUCUCUCUGCCCUAUAGGAAUCUACCUAGUUAUAUGUUCUAACGUCCGUCUUUGUCUAACAGGAAGUGGAGCAACUGCGUCUGGAGCGGCUGCAGAUUGACGAGCAGCUCCGUCAGAUCGGGGUGGGGUACCGUGCCCCCCCUAGUCGGGUCGGGGGCACCGGCCCCGGGGACAGGGAGAAGGGCUACCUGACAGACGAGAGCAGCAACUCCACCAACCUCCACACCUCCCGCACCUAUGGAGGCCGUGGCCGAGGACGCAGGCCCUCCAACAGCCAGUACUCUGGAUAUGGUGAGACUAGACUACAACUCCCAUGAUGCCUCACUGCUAACUGCAUUCUAUAAUCUGAUAAAACCAAUAUCUCAAUAUACAAACAUUUAUCAUACAAGAGGCCAAACUGAGUGACGUUUCAAAUGUUUACUCAGCGAAGGUGUACAGCUGAAUACAUUUAAAUUUUAGUCAUUUAGAAGACUAGUGUCCAACUUGUACUCUGAGCUCUCACCCCCUCCCUUCCACAAAGAUGUACUUUUCCAUCACCCAGGAUUUCUCCAUGCUCCUCCGUACAUAUCAAAGGAUUUCUCAUCAGUCAGGAGAGGCCUUGAGCUAUUGGGAUUACACAUACCUACAGUCCACUAAAUAACUACUCUUCUCAUACACAGAGCUUGUCCCGAACACUAGUUUCAAUCUCUAAGGAUAUAAAAACAAUCUAUAGAAUGUAAAGCUAUAAAACAGUAAUUUACAAUCUAUCAACCCAACAAUCUGCGCAUGCUUCCAUCUAAAACAGCAAAUCAUAAUUUUGAGUACAAGUGGAUAGUUUGGUUCUGUGUGAACUUGGUGUUUGCAGGCUACACUGUCAGUAGUUGACAUGAAUAUCUGGUUAAAUGUUGAGCUUUGCUGCAGUGAACAUCAACCAGUCUGACACUUUGGUGUUCUCUCAUGGGUUUUCUGCUGAGACAACUGGUACACGACACACACUUGGGACUAAAAACUACACUUUUGUACAAAACACCCCACAUCCCAUUCCUGCUUCACUCACACCUUUAUCCCCCUCUCGGCAUCUGUUUAUUUCACUCCAUCUCUGUCAGAACAAAACAUUUUAGAGCUGCUAAUUUACUAAUCUAUACUAUUGUCUGUUGAAGUUUAGUCUCUAGCUGCCCCUUACUCUGUGUGUUUUCCAGGCACCAACUCUGAGCAGUCCAACGCUUCUGAGUCCGAGGACCUCAACGAGCGUGACCAGCGGCCCCGAGGCGUGGGCGGAGAUGAGAGGGGUUCCCGUCGGGGUGGCAGGGGCCGUGGAUCCAACACCGGACGGGGCCGCGGAGGACCCACCUCAAGGACAACCAACUCUAUCAGCGCAGGUGCAAUACAGCAGGCUAAUUAAUAGUCCAAGCUGGGGUACUGGGUCGUAUUCAUUGGGCACCAAAUAGAAGAAAACUAACUGAAAUGGGGAGGGACUUCCUGACCGUGUUCAAUGAGAAACGUCAUUUUGCGUAUUCUGUAACCAAUGUUUUGUUCCAGUGUGCUGUAAUUAAUCAAUCGGUCCUUGGUUAUACUGGGAUCUUUCAGGUCAAACCUCAUGGUCAAGUUUUCCUUCAUUAUGACUGGAAGGUGGUGCAGUUUGAUAUGCUAGGCCUCACUUUUUCUUUCGCUCCUCUCUCCUGGUCAGUGCUGAGGGACCCGGACAGCAACCCGUUCUCCCUGCUGGAGGGUGAGGGUGAGCAGGGCGAUACGGACACCAGUGAGGGAGUGGGAGGAGUAGACCGCAGGAGACGCUCCCGCCGUCGCCGUAACGACCAGGAGCCGAGCGUGAUGGACGCCGCCGCCACAGAGUCAGACAGCCAGGCCGGACCCAACGAGAACGGACUGGGUAGGAAGUCUGGAGAGGGCAGACAUUUUGUAGAGUGCCAGUUGGUUAUGCUGUGUGACUAGUUUGAAGUUGAAGUGUUAAAGUUUAGUUUCUCAUACUUCCUCCCUCUCCUUUUUAAAAAAUCAGAUGAGGAGGGCCGACCCCAGCGCCGCAACAGGAGCCGCCGCCGCCGUAACCGUGGAAACCACCCCGAGGGAGGAUCCUCCAGCCGUGACAGACAGCCAGCCGAGGGUGAGUAGUGUCAGACUUCCCAAACCUCUCUCCCGGUUGUCAGUCUGGACCUUAAAGGAAAAUGGUAUCCUUCCUUAGUCUCAUUCCUCGCUGGUUUUGUCAUUAAACUGUAUAUCCUGUUGAAAUCACUGUUCUCUGGGUUCUUGUCUGUAGUGACCGUGGCAGACUACAUCUCCCGCGCCGAGUCGCAGAGCCGACAGAACCUUCCCCAGGAGACACUCGCUGCUCCCGAGCCCAAGGUACACACACACACACACACACACACACAGUAGAAGAUAUCAGCUUAUAGCAACUUGUUAAACUGACAGUUUCCCUUCCUCUGCUGUUUCCCCAGGAGAACGGGAGCAGCGCCAAGAGGGAUGAGCUCACGGCGCCCACAAUGCGGUCCCCUAGCAACGGCAUGGCCACGCCCAGCGAGACCCUGGUCAACGGCGUCUCGUAGAGGACUAGGUCCCGCCCCCUAAAAACCCACGUCUAGAGCAAGACUUCAUGGCAAACUCUGUCCCUGCUUGCAUUUACUUAAACCUUAAAACAGAUGAGUGAAAAACAACAAAAUACCUGAUUCAUACUAUGAGCGAGAGAGGGGGAGAGAAAAAGUACAAAAAAACGACAAACGCAUCUUAAACACACGUAACGGUGUAUGUUAUCCUAUCUAUCAGUACUUAGUGCUUAUUUUAAAAAACAACUAGCUUGCCAAAAGGGCUGGUGGAUGUGACUUGAUUAUAAAAGAGAACUGAAUCACAGAAAACAGGACGAGACUUUUUUUGUUGUUGUUAUUUUUGUUUUAUUUUGAUGUUAUCACUGGUUUGGACUUGUGGUCGCUCUCCCAUUCAAACAGAUGCAUCUCUAAAAGUCCAGAGGAGAGGAGGAUAGAUGCCAACUGGAGAAAGGGAGGGAUAGGCGGAUGAGUCCAAGAGGUGAAGAACAAGUGACAGGAGUGCUACGUACCCUGGCCUAAACGUCGGUUGGUGAUGAUGGACAGACAGAUGGGAUUAUUGAUAGACAUUGUGCCUUGAAUUUGAAAAAAAGUUCAUUGUUGAGUUUUGUUUCACAGGAAAGGGGUUUUUAUUUUCUUUUUUGCUCAGAGAGAACAGACCAGUAGCGAGGGGAUGGGAGUUAAACGAGUGCAGAGGUGUUAACUGUGGUAGGACAGAAAACAAGGGAACGAGUAACUGGCCAGAGAGUCUGGUGCCAAACAAAAAAUUCAAGGCGCUUGUCCUCAGUGAGAGUGGACUGGACAGCGUUUGGGCUGUGUGUGUGUGAUUGUGUGUUUGUACGUACGUGUGCACAGUUGAGAGAGCUGGCAACCACAUGAUUAAAAUCGGGAGGGAUGAGAACGCAGAAUUCUUGGAACAUAGCCCUGGGUCAGUGGUGAGGUCAAAAAGGCAGGCGAGGCCGCUCUAUUUGCUGGGCGGGUAGGAAGAAGUGUUGCGUCACUUCCCGUCUCCAAUGUUCGACACUAGUGUCCAGGGCUGUCCCUACACAGCCUUACAGACAGACUGACCGACAAUGAGUGAUUAAGGACUUGAUGAUCUAUGGAUUGAUUUAGAUUUUAAACAAGAUAACUUUAGUGCCUCUUUCUCCUGGCCCACAAGCAGUGUGGAAUAGGGAGGUAGGGUAGCACGGCGCUCUAGCUUCCAGCCACACUAACUAAUGCCUGGGUGAACUGCAGCAUGGCGGUCUGAACGUACACGCCACGAUGACCACGAGGGGAGGGAGGUAGACUGUUGAAAUCGAGCCACGUUGUUUCACCCUUCUAGAAUGGUCCGUGUAGCGCGGGUGGGGUAGGAGACAGGCAGACUGACUGUGAUGCGCACAGCUUCAUAAGGGAUGAGUAGAGCCAUACACACGCAGGCUUACACAGAUGCACAAACCGUGCAGGACCGCACCACGACACUGUUGCAAUUCAGUCACGGGUGGUGGGGUUCAGUCAGUGUGGAUGCCUGCGCGUUGCGGUCGAAGGAGAAAUGACAGUGUUUUGAGAAACUAUAAGCGAGGUGGUUGUCCUGUUCCUAAAGGUGGUGGUCGACAGGCAAGGGGCGGGAGGGAGGGGGGAGUGACUCAGAAACCCUCGGUGGCUCAUGUUACUGUCUUGGUUACCGCUCUCAACUACGUUUUGUUCUUUCCACAUAGAAAAUAUGAAAUAAAAUGGAAAUGAAAUCAACAACUGUCUUUUGAGAUGAACUGAUUGAUUUCUUCUGAGUUCGCACUAUUUUUCUAAAUCAAUCAACAAACCAACUGCAUGAUCAUUCAGCACUAGCUUUGCACGAGGGAGAGGGUUUAAGUUUCUGUUUCACCAUUAUUUCAUCCACUACUAGAACUGCUGCUAAUGUCCACCUUUGAAUGUCUUUUAGAAUCCACACCUUAGACACUUAAGUACUGUUGUGGCUUCUGAAUACCUUUCCACCACUGAAAUUCACCCACAAUAUGGCCGCCUUUUUACAAGGAUGACUAAGAAUAAAAUAAAAGCCAUCUCCUUAGUGUAAUUGUUUCCUACACUGAGUAUUACAAUAAGUAUUUAACGAGGGAAACAUUGAGCAUGAUAGGUGAUCACACAAGUAUUGAGGCUAAUUAGGGAUGGGAUGGUGUUUACUGAAUUAAAAUCACACAGAUUAAUUGACCCCUUUGUGUUCAACUGUGGGUGUUUUAAUGCGUCAGUAUGAGCAGCGCACUGAGUAUUUCUACCUUUGGUUCAUUUGUGCAUGCCUGCAUGUAAGAUUUGAGAAAGAUGGAGCACUUAGUCUUGUUUUACUGUGAAAUGUAUACCACUCAGUUGUGUUUGUUUAAUACUAUCUGCCGCUUGUGGCUCACUAUCCCCAUGUCUUUCUGGGUGGAGAGAAUGUUGACCUUUCAGUGUGUGUAUGCUAGUAGUACUGUUUCGGGACUGUCAACUCCUCAGUGUCAGGUAGGCUGGUCUUCUCACUCAUGUUCUGAUGGCAAUAAAGAAACUUCAUUUUUUGAUAA